AUGGAGGCAGAUGACGAGAUUUACGCCAAUGGCGGCGACGAUACUGGCCGUACAAGGCCGAUUGUUAGUGGCGAGCAGCUCGACAUCGAAGCCUAUGCCGGGUUAUACUCCGGGAGGACUAAGAUAACGCGGCUCAUCUUCAUCGCCGUCCACUGCGGGAACCCAUCGAUGGAGAAGGAAGCGCUGAGGAUGGCCUACGACGAGAUCAAGAAAGGCGAGAAUACCCAGCUGUUUCGGGAAGUUGUGCAGAAGAUCGACGACAGGCUCGGCCCUAACUACGGCAUGGACAAUGCCUGGUGUGAGACGGUGGAUCGCAGAGCUGAGCAGAGGAAGGAGAAGCUCGAGAAUGAACUCAAUGCGUACCGGACAAAUUUGAUAAAGGAAAGCAUUAGAAUGGGAUACAACGAUUUUGGAGAUUUCUAUUAUGCUCAUGGUGCACUUGGCGAUGCUUUUAAGAGUUACAUUCGCACUCGAGAUUAUUGUACAACGUCAAAGCACAUUAUCCACAUGUGUAUGAGUGCCAUUCUUGUGAGCAUCGAGAUGGGGCAGUUUUCUCAUGUUUCAAGUUAUGUCAGCAAAGCAGAACAGACACCUGAAGCACUUGACCCUACCACAAUCGCAAAGUUAAAGUGUGCCUCUGGUUUGGCGCAUCUAGAUAUGACGAAGUACAAGCUUGCUGCUCGAAAGUUUCUGGAAGUGGGUCCUGAGUUGGGAAAUUCUUACAAUGAAGUUAUUGCACCCCAAGACGUUGCAACAUAUGGUGGGCUUUGUGCACUUGCAAGUUUUGACCGGACAGAGCUAAAGAGCAAGGUAAUCGACAAUCUCAACUUCCGGAACUUCUUGGAAUUAGUUCCUGAAGUGAGAGAGCUGAUCAAUGAUUUCUACUCGAGCCGUUAUGCUUCUUGUCUGGACUAUUUGACAAAUCUGAAAGCAAACCUGCUGCUGGAUGUGCAUUUGCAUGAUCAUGUCGAGAAAUUGUAUGAUCAAAUUCGAAACAAGGCUCUUAUUCAGUACACACACCCGUUUGUGUCUGUUGACUUGAACAUGAUGGCUAAUGCUUUCAAAACAACUGUCGCGGGGCUAGAGAAGGAACUUGCAACAUUGAUCACUGACAAUCAAAUCCAGGCUCGUAUAGACUCGCACAACAAAAUUCUAUAUGCACGUCAUGCAGAUCAGAGGAAUGCCACCUUCCAACGAGUUCUUCAGACUGGCAGUGAAUUCGACAGGGAUGUUAGGGCAAUGCUACUGAGGGCAAAUCUCGUCAAACAUGAACACAGUGCUAGGACCAACAGGAAGCUUUAA